AUGAAAGCCCUUACUGUCGUACUUAUCGCCAUUGUUGCUUCCGCCGCCAUCGGAAUGCAGAUCAAAGCUGAAGUCCGUUCCUCGGAAUUAGCAUCUCUCGAGUGUGACAUGUGUGAAAUGGCUGUGAGGACAGUUGUGCCAAUGAUGGACCAAGACACCAAAGAUAUCGAAAACGCAGUCAACAAGGAAUGCAAGGCAUUGCUCCAUGAGAUUCCAUUCGCUACCAAGAAAUGCCAGAAAUUCGUCGACCAGGAUUUGAACAAAAUCAUCAAGGAACUCGAAUCUGGCACUGCACCAAAAGACGUUUGCAAGAAGAUUGAUAUGUGUUGA